UAACUUUUUUCAUUAAGUCUAAUGAUACUUCAACAGACAGUCGGGUAAAAGAUUGCACCACAGUAAUUUAUUCGCCGGCGUUUCUUCGUUUCCUCCUGAUGACGUCACGGGUUGGAUGCGUUGCAUGGCGGUCUAGAUUGUGAGGAUUUUUGGGUAAACAGAGCAAGAGCAGGUGAAAAUGGACAUGGGAGUUCUCACAGUUCAUCUAAGUGACGUUGAGCAUGGAGGUGACAUAGGUGAUGUUGAACAUGGGUCUGACAUGUCACCUUUGUCAGGAAGUCAUGACAUCACACAUGAUGAUGUCUCACAGCUUGAGCAUGAAGCAGUCACCCUUGCCUCUGCUGAUAUUAGCCAUGAUGAAGAAGAUGAUGACAAUGAGGAUAACAAUGAAGAAGUGGUAAAUGCUGAUGGUGCUGACGAUGAAGAAGGGCAGGUAGGACAGACAGUGGUGUCAGCAGCCGACAAUGGAAUUCUCAUUCAUGCAGAAUCUGGUCAUGCAAUUGUAGGGGGAACAUCACAAGUUAUAGGACUUCUGCUUCAGUCAAGUCAUUCUGCUGGUGUGCCUUUGUCAUCUGGCGUCAAACUCUCAGUAACAGGGAUGCUGUCAGAAGGGACUGUUGUCACAGAUCCCACUCAUACUGUGCAAGCUAUUCAAGCUGUCACACUUCCAGAUGGUUCCACUGCAUUUAUACAGCAGCCUAAAGAAGGUAAACUAUUGGAGGGACAAACAGUAACAUUGGAAGAUGGUACUACUGCUAUUGUUCAAGGUACCAUUCAUCCUAAAGUUGAACCACAAGAUGAUAGUAAAGUUUUGGAAGGGCAAACAAUUCGAUUGGAGGGACAGACAAUUCAUCUAGAUGACGGCAGUACAGCUUUUCUACAGCCAUCUUCAAAAACAGCUUUGAGUGAGGGAUUGCAGGCUAUUAGAUUUGAAGAUGGUACCACUGCAUUUAUAGCUCAUCCUAAUGCAGAGACCCUAUUUGAUGAGUCUGGUGCCCUGGACUCAGCCACUCUUGAUACUUUGACCCAGUUGGGAGUGACAAGCAGUAAGCAGCAGAUGACUGUUGAGAAAGCCCUCGCUAUUGGAGAGAAGGCGUACAAGUGUGGGUACGAGGACUGUGGUCGUCUGUAUACAACUCUGCACCAUCUCAAGGUUCAUGAGCGUUCACACACUGGAGACAGGCCCUUCAAAUGUGAAUAUCCAACUUGCGGGAAAGCCUUUGCUACAGGCUAUGGUCUGAAAAGUCAUACACGGGUUCAUACAGGCGAAAAGCCGUAUCCCUGUACUGAAGAAGGGUGUGACAAAGCCUUCAAGACAUCAGGCGAUCUGCAAAAGCAUGUGCGCACUCACACAGGAGAGCGACCUUUUAAGUGUCCAUUUGAAGGUUGCACUCGAUCUUUCACAACCUCAAACAUUCGUAAAGUUCACAUCCGCACACACACUGGUGAAAGACCAUAUAUAUGCCAAGCAGAAGGAUGUGGCCGUGCCUUUGCCAGUGCUACCAACUAUAAAAACCAUGUCAGGAUUCACACAGGUGAGAAGCCAUAUGUCUGUACAGUCCAAGGAUGUGGGAAAAGGUUUACUGAAUACUCUUCACUGUAUAAACAUCAUGUGGUUCACACACAUUCCAAGCCCUACAGUUGCAAUCAUUGUGGUAAGACCUAUCGCCAGACAUCCACAUUAGCAAUGCACAAACGAACUUCUCAUGGAGAGGAUAUUUUACCAGAAGCAGAAGCCCAGCUGUUUGCUCAAGAACAAGGAGAUGGAGAUGAGGAGCAUGGUGAAACUCCCAGCAAGAGACAACGCCUUCAAUUUGCGAUGAGUGAAGCGGAUAACCAAUCUGGAGGGGAUGAAACUGAGAAAACUCUAGUCAUUAACACAGAUUCCCAACAGAACUCUGCGCUGGUCACGCUACCUGCACAGGUGACGCUGCAAGCUCUUCAAAGUCAAGGGCUGUCCAGUUUUACAGUUGGGCAGACUGGUCAUCAGGUGCUCGUUGUCACGGACCCGGCGCAGCUGGAAGCUUUGCAGCAACUGGCCCAGCAGCAUCUAGAGGGCGGGGCGUGCUUGAAGCUGUGUCCCCUAGCACCACCACCACUGCUGCUGCAACGGUCACCUCCGUCAGCCACCUGCCCGGCGAGUCCUCUCUCAUCGUCUUUCCCACCGAGUGAUGGGGGAUCCACUGCUGGACGCGUCGCCGUGUCCUUGACAAGGGGGUGGAGGGAGAGGGGUACGAAGUGUGGGGGGAACUUGCCGUGGGCCUCGUCUCCGCCGUGAAGUGGAUGGACGUUUGUGAGCGAGCGAGCGUUUCCUGCACGUGUUUGGCCAGAAAUAAUUAAAAUUGGCGAAGGUUGAAGACACUUGCUGUAUGGAGAGCUGUAGAGGACAAAUUCUUGGAAACGAGGGUGAUGCACGCAAGUGGUACCGGAAGUGAAGACAGAUAAGAGGACUGGACAUGCAUGUGUGUAAAAGGUCACCAACGAUGACGGGAAACUUGUUUUCUUAUUUACUGAGAUGGAGUUUGUUUGUUGGGAACUUAUUGUUUAGAGAUUGGAGGUGGAAUAGCUCUUGUACGCAGGUGCUAGCUUGUUAGAUCUGACUAUAAGCAUUCCUUUGAAUUGGAGUUGAUUACCUCAGACUGGUGUGAAUCUUGAUUAAGUGUUCGUGAGAAGUAUGUGACACUGAGUUCUAAUUAAAUUAAAUUUCGCAACAGUUGUUUUUAUGGGAGUUCUUGGUCUCUUGCAUAAGGAAGGCGUUGUGCAAUCUUCGCCGCAUACAGUAGAAUAACCACGUACGCUUCUGCUUAUGUAGCUGCCGUGACGAGUGUGUUGGUGUGUGAACAAUUUGCAAACUUGACUGCAUAUAGCCAUCCUGAUAUCGAAGCAUGAAAAGUCGAAACUUGAGCAGUCUGUGAAAGUAAAGGCUUUAUUGUGAUACUCAAA